UAAGGCUGUUGUGUCGAUAUCGCCUGUUAUCAGCGCCGUAUUGAUGUCGUAUCGGGUUGUUGUUGUUGUCGUGAGUGGACAGCACUGAGCAGAACUGGGUUCACUGGACCCGAACCGCCUCACCAGACUUUGAAGCCGAACUGUUUGGUCUUCGGAGGUGAACUCCAUCCAGCCCGAACUCCAGAUGAGCGCGCGGAUGAAGAGCUGCUGUAGAGCUCGGCGCGUCUGCUGCUCGCUCGGGUUCAUUUCCUGGUGAUUCCAGCCGUUUCUGAGGACUCUGAGAGAGACAGUGUGGUCACCUGGACAUACUGUAGAGAAGCAGAAGCUGCUCAGGUUGCAGCGUUUCAACACCUUCACCAUCAUCACUCCUUCCGGCUGAAGCAACAUGACAGUUUCGCACAAAGAGCUCGAGCCACGGACAGGAGCAGUGGACAGUGGGCAUCAGUCUCCUCCUGAAUUCUCCACCGAGCGGGACGUGCUGCUGUGAGGAGGAUGCGCUUCCCUCUGAAAAAGAUUCGCAAGCAGUUCAAACUCCUCCUGCUCCUUGUGCUGCUCACCUUUGCCAUUGGGUUCACGUACCUGCACAUCAACCAGGGCAAGGCCAUCAAGCUCCACUUCAACUAUGGCAAAGAUAUGGAGAAGCAGACCGAAGGCUUGGGGUCCGGCCACAAAAAGCUUUCCCACUCCUCCCCAAGUCACCCAGACAGAGAGGAGUCCAGUGACAGUGGAGAGGAGACGCAGGGGGGAGAUGAGCUUGGUGAAGCUGGGCAGGAGAGCCGUGGCCAGACAGAGAUCCGGAAACUUCUCAGCCAAAAGUUCCUCAAGUUGCCAUGGAAACCGGAGUACAAGGGACAGGCCAACUUGCACGUGUUUGAGGACUGGUGUGGGUCAUCUGUGUCUCAGCUCAGGAAGAACCUUCACUUCCCUCUGUACCCACAUGCCAGAACCACGGUGAAGAAACUGGCUGUGGCUCCAAAGUGGAAGAAUUAUGGCCUGCGGAUCUUCGGUUUUAUUCAUCCUUAUAAAGAUGGAGAUUUCCAGUUUGCUAUAGCCUCUGAUGAUAACUCUGAACUGUGGCUGAGCUCUGAUGAAAACCCCCUCAAUGCCAGGCUUUUGGUCUAUGUGGGACGGCACGGCUCUGAAUGGACGGCUCCGGGUGAAUUCACCAAGUUCAGAUCCCAGACUUCUAAAUCCAUCCAUCUGAUGUCCUCCAGGCGCUACUACUUUGAGAUUUUGCACAAGCAGGACGACAAAGGCUCAGACCACGUGGAGGUCGGGUGGAGGCCCUUUCUGCCUGGGCUGAAGUACGAUGUCAUUGACUCGGCCUACAUCUCUUUGUACACAGAUGAGUCCAGCCUGAAGAUGAACAGUGUAAAGCACAUUCCUCAGACCUUGGCGAGUCACACACUCUCUCUGCAGGAGGUUCACAGCACAGAGACACAUACUGCGGACAUGCUCAAAACAGACCCACGAGACACUUUCUACAAAAUCCCCAUGAUAGAUCGGUCCAGACUGGACAGGGUUCUGCCAUCCUGUCUCUACUCACCUACAUACAUAGUGAAGGAUUUCCCCAUCGCACGCUAUCAGGGCCUGCAGUUUGUGUAUCUGUCCUAUGUGUAUCCCAAUGAUUUCACCAGACUCACUCACAUGGAGAGAGAGAACAAGUGCUUCUACAGGGAAUCUCCUGUGUACCUUGAAAAGUUUGGCUUCUAUAAAUACAUGAAGAUGGAUGAAGAGGAGGAUGACAGGCCCGCCUUCUUCCCAAAUCCUGAUGAUUUUCUGGAAGAGGAGGAGGGUGUAGAUCCAGAGGAGGAGUCUGUCAACCCCAAUAACCAUCAGGCCAGGAGGACGAGUAACAUCAGCCCAUCCAAUCAGCUUUCAAUUUCAUCACUUAGCACAGUGUCUGCCAGCGCUAAUCGAAUAAGCCGAGACUCCAAAGGUUACAUUUUGGCCCGAGAAGGCCGCUACUCACAGCUCAAAGGGAAACAAGCCAGGAGGAGGGUUAAAGGAGAAGGCAUGGAAAGAGAGGAUGGCUACUACAGCACUCAGGCCAAAGCACAAGAGGAAGAGGAGAGAGGAAUGGAAAAGGAGAGGCAGCUGAGACGUGCUGAGAUCAUAGGCACACAGCAUGAGCAUCUGAAUGAGCACAGAGAAAGUGAAGAAGUAGGAGAUGACCCACAAAUACAUGCAGGACAGCGGUCUUUAAUGUGGGUCCCCCUCAGCCCUGUGCAGCAAAGUAAUAAGGUCAUUCCUCUAAAGCUGAGUAAAACUUCCAAGAAUUUCCAGCAGUCCCCUCUUUACGCUUUGGCCAGUCAGAUUCUGAGUAAUGCAGCACAUCCUGCACCCAUUGUCUUGAAGAGCAAUCAGGAGAAAGAGAUUAAGACAAACAAAAUCUACAUCACCAGGCCCCGCCCACCAAAAAGUAGACCAAGGGAGGUACCAAGGCCGCCAGUAGAGGUCUUCCCAGGGGUCUUCCUGUACCAAACCGCAAGAGGCAAAAAGCUUGUAGACCUCAGUUCAAGGUGGAAAUCCAUGAAAAAGCAUGGUGGCCUUCCUCUUUUCUGGUCUAGCUUGUCCAUGACAGAUCAUAAAUCAACUACCCAACAAGUUCCACUGAAGCAAAACCAUCAAGUCGUACCCACUGAUCAAGAACAUCAAGAUCUAGAGGUUUCUCCUUCACCUUCUUUCAAAAUUAGCCGCUCCGCCUCAGUGGACUCCAACGACUUGCCUCCAUCCAGCCCAGACAAGACAGAUGACCCAGAGAUCCAACCCACAAAGGCCUCAGAGAUGGCUGAAGAGUCUCAGCAGAGGAGGGCAGCUGAACCAGAAGAAGGAGGUGUGUCCCAGUACAGUUACGAGGACACAGAGCCACGGCCAGGCUGGGCUGAGGAAGCCAUCAACUGGCAGCGGACUUUCACUGUGAACCCAGUGGACUUUGAGCUGCUCAGGUCAGACUGGAACGACCUGAGGUGCAAUGUGUCCGGCAACCUGCAGCUGGCUGAGAACGAGGUGGUGGAUGUGCUAUCGCAGUACAUAGAGCGGCUAAACGAGCGCAACGGAGGGAUCUAUACCCUCCUCCGCGUAGUGAAUGUGGAGAAGCGAAGGGAUUCGGCCCGUGGGAGCCGUUAUUUGGUGGAGCUGGAGCUGAUGGAGGCGGGGAAAAGAGUGGUGCGUCUGUCUGAGUACAUCUACCUCCUUCUCCACCGCAGCCGUCAGGACGAGGGCUUGAGCAGCAGGGAGGUGUCUACUCCUUCUGCCCCGACUGCACCCUCUAAACCCCCUGCCCCCACCAGCAGCUCCAGUGCCCAGUCCAGGGCCUCCACACCUUGGGGAAGCCACUGGCCCAAGCCUCUACUGUGCCAACCAGCCAUGCUCCAGUGGAGGCAUGACGUCAUGGUACACUUUGUGGUGCCAGUGAAGAACCAGGCUCGCUGGGUUCAGCAGUUCAUCUCCGACAUGGAGCUCCUGCACCGAGAGACCAAGGAUGACAACUUCAGCAUUAUAAUCGUGGACUUUGAGAGUGAAGAUAUGGAUGUGGAACAGGCCCUGAGGGACAGCACAGUGCCCAGGUAUGAGUAUCUGAGACGAGAGGGAAACUUUGAGAGAUCUUCUGGACUGCAGAUGGGGGUGGACACCAUAGAGGACAGUCACAGUAUCGUGUUCCUGUGUGACCUGCACAUUCACUUCCCUAUGAGCAUCCUGGAGAGCAUCAGGAAGCACUGUGUGGAGGGCAGGCUGGCCUUCGCCCCCAUCGUCAUGAGACUGGACUGCGGGAGCUCACCUCUACAGCCAAACGGAUACUGGGAGGUCAAUGGCUUUGGCUUGUUUGGCAUUUAUAAAUCAGACUUUGACAAGAUUGGUGGGAUGAACACAGAGGAAUUUAAGGACCGCUGGGGAGGAGAGGACUGGGAGUUCCUGGACAGGGUGCUGCAGAAUGGUUUGGAGGUAGAGAGACUGAGACUACGGAACUUCUACCAUUAUUACCACUCCAAACGGGGCAUGUGGAACAGUCCAAUAAAGAAGCCGACACAAGGCUAGCCACCGGGGACACUGCUGCCGCUGCUGAGCUGAGGCAGAACGUGCCCAUUAAAGCCCCUGGAGCUUUCCAGAAGCUGCCCCAAGAGUUACAAAGCACAGCUUGUGGGUCUUGCACACUGAGUCUGCUAACACAGAUGAACUGAUGUGUCAAGGCUGGAUCUCUAUCUGUUGGCUAAACUGUGACAUAAUGUACUUUUUUGGUCCCCUGGAACAACUGGGGGACACAGAAAGUGCCAAACAUAGCAGCGUAAAGCAGAACUUACUCAAGUUCUCUGGAGUUUAUGAAUAUUAUCUUUUACUAUUAUUAUUUUUUUGCAAUAGAGAGCACUCAGGUAUGGUGUUGUUUCGGUACGUUGGUUGAUCUGUAGUUAAUAUGGAGACAUUUGAAUUGGUGCUUUCUAACAUUGACAAUGACAUUGAAGAAGGUUGUCCAAUAUACUAUGGUGUUCUUGUUCUCUCUCUCUCUCUCUCUCUCUCUCUCUCUCUCUCUCUCUCUCUCGCUUUCUCUCUCUCCCUCUCAAAACUAGUGAAUGAUUUUAUAUAGGAGAUGUUGUUUCUACUUCAGAUAGAAAGGUGACAAAUUGCUGACCUGCACCCCUAAAUCAGAUUACAAUUAAUGUUUCCCCAUUAGGAGGCUAAAAAAAAAAAGAAGAAAAAAAGAAAGUGGUCACUUGUGCCAUAUUUAAAGGAUAAUUUCUGUGAAAUUGUUUGUAGAGAAUUUAAAGAAUGUAAAUCGAUCUCCUUUUCUUUUAUUUUCUUAUUUUCAAGAAUAAACGGAGGAAUAAC